AUGCCAGACAUCGAAAUCGCUCAAUUGCCCCAGGAAAUUCGUGAGAAACUCGCUGAGCUAGAGUUAGAAUUGUCGGAAGGUGACAUCACGCAAAAAGGCUACGAUAAAAAGCGAAAUGCUUUGCUCGGACCGUUUCUAAAGUUACAAGCCUCAUCCUCUCAGCCGACCGCCUCACCGAGUACUCGAGCUCAUCGGCGACAUCAAAGGAGACUGACGAGAGAUGAGAAUCGAUUUCAUUCAGAAAUUCGAGCCGAAGCCGUGCAAGCUGCUCUCAAAGAAUAUUCGACGAGAAACGAUUUGGAGGCAGCUUUGGCUCCAUUGAGGAGACGGGGGACAAAUUCGUCAAUCGGUCGAGAAGAAAAGAAAUACUCGAGA